AGCCAUAAAAAACCGACUACGGAAACUCCUGCAGGACAAUCUUAUGUGCGGAAGUGCUCAGGCAGGUAAGUUAGUUCCUGGAUGCGAUGCGGAUCAAGUUUAUGGCUCGGAGAACCGGUUCAGAACCAGCAACAGAAGCGCUCUGACAAGCCGGGAGGGGCGUCUUUAGCCCGGCCCGACCUCCGCAGCGACCAGACCGCAUCCAGAGCUCUCGGGGCGCCGAGAGGGUCAUGUCUGCACUCGGGUUCAGUGGGAGCGGGAGGCGGCGGAGCGGCGGGCUCACACCGUGGCUCAAAGCCGCCUUCUCGGUUCUGGGCUCGGCUGUUGCGAUGUUUGCUGUCGGUGCCUUCUGCGCUCUCACCUAUCCCAUCCUGAGAGACCUGCGGGCGGAGAGACUGAGAGGCGAGAAUGGGGCUGAAGAGAGGAUACUGGGUUUUUGGAGCAUCCUGAUGAUCUCAACUGGUGCCGGAUGCAUCUCCUGUGUCUUCUCAUGGACUCUCACUCAGCUGGACUCGUACCAGCCUGGCAUGGCCUUCCCCAGCCUCCUGUCUCUACUUGCUUUCAGAGACCCUUCCAGUCACGGAUUCAAUGUGAUCUCUGGGCUAGCUGUUCUGAACGGCAUCCUGGCCAUGCUGACUCUCAUCUGGAGCCUCUCCUGAGGCUUCGCUCUCAGCUGCACAGACACCUGAAGACAAUACACUCUGUAUGAGACUUUUGUGUUCAUGCUUUGGAUUCAUAUUUCUGUAUGACAAGGGAUCUAGCAUUGGAGCCUUAGCAAUGCUGGAGAUUCCACUGUUGCAAUUUGGAAUAUUGUACUUUUUUACCAUUUAUUACUGUAUUCACAUUCAAUUCUCUCUUUUUAUGAGUAUAAAGAAAUAUUCAUUUUGUUUC